UUAUAUUCUCAGCUCGUGCCGUUAAGUCGUAUUGUACACGGAAAACGAACAAGUGGCGCGUCUCCUCCCCCUCUCACUGUUAAGCACACCAAACAAAAAACGCACACAGUCAGUCAAUCCAAUCAUUCAGUCAGCCAGCCAACCAUCUAGUCUUUUUUAGUGAUGAUGGAAGAAAUGUAUGUGAGCAACAUAUUAAAGAGAAGAUUUUGCAUUUUCUGUGGGGUUCUUUCCGUUUCAAUGUAAUACAACAAUAGUAAUAACAACAAACACACACACACAAAACAGAAAAAGGAAGUUGAGGUGGUGGCGGACGAGAAACACAAAAGUAACAACAAAAGAGGAAGUAGUAGUCAAGAAGUACGUGUGUGUUCGUUCUUGCGUGCGUGUUCCGCGCCAGGCAAGUGUGUAAAAACUAAUAAAAAUCCAAAACUCUCCUCCUAGGAGGUGGUGGUGUAGAAAAACAACAACGAACGAGACCGACUGUCCGCUCAUCGGCCAACUUGGAGCAGGCAAAUUUUUCAUCGAUUUUCAAACGCGCAGUUGUAGUCCAACGAACGAUUAAAGCGGUUGUGAUAAAAAAUAAUAAAAAUUGUUAGCCAAAAGUGUUCAUUUUCAUCGCCACACAACAUCCAUUGUGUGGUGUUGCUUAAACCAUUGUCUUUUGUUAAUUAUUUGGAAGUUUAAAGAAAUUAAGCAAAAAAGUGAAAAAAUUAAAAAAUAUGCGUACAACAAAGUCAACAUAAAGUCUGCCAAAUCCUUCAAUCCAACAUUGAAAAAAUAUAAAAAAAUCCUGUUCUGCUUCUUCUUUGGCAGAAAAAAAGGCGUAGUGUAGUAGUAAUAAAAGGUGUGUGGCUGUGCGCACACGGUGUGUGUAGUAAGAAAAAGUAAAAGUGCAAAAUUGGCGAAGAAAAAACGCACCACCACCCAAUAACAACAAUAGCAGCACCACAACUCUGGGCGGCUACCACCACCAGAACCCCAAAAAGCAACACCAACAAUAAGCGCAUAUGAAAAUGUGGUUCUUUUGCAAAAGAAAGCAAUUUUUAUAGAGGGCAAACAAAGAAAAAAUGUUACAAAAAAUUUCUCAAAAUAAGUUCAAGUUUCUUGUCUCUGCUACAGCUGAAAUGGUGUUGCCCUCCAUAGCAAAUAUUUUUUAAUUACCCUACCUACCUACUACCACUACACCACAACUCAGUUCAAAAAAGAAAAAAAAAAUGAAGUGGAUUUAGGUAUUUAUUUCUUAGUGCAAUUGUUAUUUAAACAACAACAACAAAAGAAAUUUCUCACAUUGUUUCAAUUGCAAAUACAUAGUGAGAAAAACAACAAAAAUAUAACAAUAAUUUAGAGCUGUUUCAGUCGCUGCUUGUGCUGCUGCCACCGAGGCUCUCUCUCUCUGAAGCUGUCGAGUGGCUCUCUUUUUGUAGUCUCAGCCUCCAUCUAAAAUACAACUCCAAAAUAAUAACAACAACAACAGCAAUAGUCAUACAGCAGACAUAAACGUCAACAUCAACGAUUUUGUUUGAUUGAGUUUCCGUAAGACCGACCGCCAGACAGACCUGUAGACGCAGAGCGUAAGAAGGGGAGCAAAAUGUGGAAAUCAUCGAAUAACAAAUACGGUGUCGCUAUUCACAAUUGGAAUGGUGAUGUGCGAUGCGGCCUACCUUUAGAUGUUGGGGAUUUUGUAGAAAUUAUGGAAGAAUGUCCCAAAUGGUUUCGUGGCACAUGCCCCCGCAAAUCACGAGCGGUUGGUAUAUUUCCCAAAACCUACAUUCACAUAAAAGACUUAAGCAAAAUUGAUCCUGUGGUAGCGGAAUGUACGCAGGUUCUUAGAGAAUGGUCCGAAAUAUGGAAGCGUUUAUAUGUAAAAAACGAAACAUACAAAUUUACCACAAUAGGUAAACAAAUGUUAUCAAUAUUAGAUAACCGUAAAGAAUUACUGGGAGCUACCUUAACACAGGAUCAAACAUUAGAACUACAAAUGACAGUGGUGUCAAAAAUUGACUGGGGCAAUCGAAAACUUGGCUUGGAUCUGGUACCCCGCAUUGGUCCCCUUGCCGUCGACCCACACAACAUAGGAAUUGUUGGACUACAUAAUGUCCAUGUUACAAGUGCCGAAAAUGCCAAAGCAUCCUCUAGUCGUGGCACACUGCGCCGCAAGACCCAUCCUAAUCCUAAAAUCCUAACACACCAUUUGUAUUUUUGUAUGCGUGAAUUUGGCUAUCGCAUUGGUGGCGGCGAUGAUGCUGAGGUCUAUUUUUAUUUAUACGAUGCGAUUAGCAUGAAAGCCGUUUCCGAGAGAUUUGUGGUGAAAAUGUGCAAAGAUGGCUUUGCAAAUUUUUAUGAAAAAGUCAAUAGCAAUUGUACGGUAUUCACCGAUUUGGGUGCUGCUGAUUUAAAUGACGCCCUAUAUCUGGUAGCCGUUGUUAUGCGUGUGGGUAAAAUUUUACCUUCCGAAAAGUCCAGCAGUAAUUCGUGCUGUACCGGCGUGAGUGCGUAUCGUCGACCUUUUGGGAUAGGCGUACUAUCUUUGGCCGAUAUUGAUCGCUACGACACUACCAUAGAGUCCGAAGAAAGGGAAUACAACAUCAAGUUGGUCUAUCACAAUGAUGAGAAGGAUUUCCAUCAAUUGCCCGAAUUGAUUAUCAAAAAGUCGAGCAGUAAAUUCCAGCCCAUUAGCACCAUAAAUCAGAGCAGUCAGGGCAUAGUGGUGUCAUUGAAGCUUCUACAUGGCGGCUUGGGCCAGGCACGCCAGGAGCAGCCUCUGUUGUUCCAGGGCAGUACCAUAACUCGCAAAAUGGGCUUCCCCGAUGUGAUUAUGCCCGGCGAUGUACGCAACGAUAUGUUCAUUACCUUGGAAAAGGGUGAAUUUGAGAGGGGUGGUAAGAAUACUGCAAAAAAUAUACUCGUCACGGUUGUGGUGCUAGAUGUUGCUGGCAAUGUACUCACCGAGUGUCUUUGGGGUGCUUCGGGCAUGGAUACCCAAAAUUGCUACAAAUCCAUGAUUUUGUAUCAUCAAAAUGCCCCCUGUUGGAAUGAAAUGUUGCGUCUGAGUGUGCCCAUUGACAAAUUCUCAACGGCCCAUGUGCGUUUUGAAUUUCGGCACUGUUCGACCAGGGAGAAAUCGGAACCCAAGCUGUUUGGCUUUAGUUUUGCCCGCCUAAUGGAUCCCAGUGGUGCCACCCUGGCCGAUGGUCAUCAUGAGCUGUAUGUCUACAAAUGUGAGGAUGCGGGAAAACUGAUGACAGCCAAUUAUUUGAUACUACCCUGCAAACCCAAGGAUCCACAUGCCAAGGUGGAGUGCAGCUCGAUAUUCCAUCGCAGUUCCAAGGAGGUGUUUGUCAUGCGCUCGCUGCUGUGCUCCACCAAACUUACCCAAAAUGCUGAUUUACUAUCCCUGCUGCAAUGGCGUGCGCAUCCUGAAAAGAUUCAAGAUUCGCUCACCGGUGUCUUGCGCCUAAACGACGAAGAACUUGUGAAAUUUCUACAGGAUGUGCUGGAUGCUCUCUUUGCCAUGUUCUCCAACGAAGAGGGCAAUAGCACACAACAUUCGGGUUUGGUCUUCCAUGUGCUGGUGAGCAUAUUCAGCUUGCUGCAAAGUAAUAAAUUCCAACAUUUCCGGCCAGUGAUGAACGAGUAUAUCGAAAAUCAUUUUGCCGCCGCUUUGGUCUAUAAGGGAUUGAUAACUUCGGUGGAACAUAUGGCUGUUUUUCUCACCAAAGCCGAGCAUCCCGAUCCUUUUCAGAAAUGUUUUGGUUCUUUGGAGUAUAUUUUUAAGCUUUUGAUACAAUCGCGCAAACUUUUUGCCCGAGCCACGGGUGGUCAAUAUGAGGAUUCCUUCCGCAGGGACUUGCAUUCCUUAUUCACUGCAUUAAAUGGAAUGUUGGCUGUGCCCUCAUAUGAUGUCAUCAUACCCACUCAAGAAGCUUUGCUAAGUUCAACUGGUGUAGUUUUGGAACAAUUGAAAGAUACUUUGCCAGCACCGGAAUUGGGCAUGCUGGCGCGCAAUAUGCUGGAUGCCAUACCCAGAGAUGCUCCUGAACGCUUGGUUCAGGCUAAAUUGAAGGCUGUCAAGGAUUUGGUAUCGGGAGAACUAUUUCAUGAGGAUGAUUCCCGCACUGUCAUACUUUCGGUGGCCUGUAAGCAUUUGCGCAUGCAUCUCAGUCGUCGUGAUGAACUAAGACUUUGUGCCGAAAUUCUGUCGGAAAUCCUAACCCAUCUUUACGAUUUGCAACGCGAACAAAGAGAAAAAGUCACCAAUACACUGCAACAUGAUUUGGAUUCCCUAUGCAAGAACAUUUUGAGCAUUCUCAUUAAGACCAUUAUCAUCAUUAUUGAAGGAUCAAAUCCGGUAUUACCCCAGUUGGUGGCAUGCCUGCUAGGACUGCUGCAAUUGCUAGAUGAGACCCAUUACAAACGCUAUUGGGAUGAACUAAGCCCCAACAAGGAUCCCAGAGAUCUUAAGGAAUUUUUGGCCAAAUCCUUGUUGGUAUUCGAGGAGCUGGUGUCACAGGAUUGGUUGGUCUUUCCACCCGAUUGGUUGAUCAUGAAAUUGGCCUGCAAUGAUGUGUUGCGCUGCUCCUUGGAGGAAUUUGCCAAGCCUUUGGUCUAUCGUUUUUUGGGUUCAAAAUCUUUUGAUUCACAACUCUGGUGGUCAUACUUCAGUUUGGCUGUAACCUUUCUUACACAACCCUCACUGCAAUUGGAGAAAUAUCGUGAGCCAAAGCGUCGCAAAAUUUUACACUCACACAAGGAUAUGCGUGUGCUAAUGGGUUUUCAAAUAUUGAGCAUGUGGUCACAGUUGGGUGAACAGAAGCUACAUUUCAUACCAUCAAUGGUGGGACCAUUCCUGGAGGUGACACUGGUGCCAGAGCCAUCAUUGAGAAAGGCCACACUGACGGUUUUCUACGAUAUGAUGCAAUGUGAACAGGCUGCCCGUGGAUCCUUCCGUUUGGUGGAAAGCGAACUUAUUGACAAAUUGGAUUUGCUAAUAAGUGAAAACAAAGGCGAUGAUGAAUACCGUGAACUCUUCAGCACAAUGGAGCAUCUAAGCCUGGUCCUUCUAGAAAAAGUACAUGACGAAAAUCCUAGCUGGAAAGAUGCCGGAACUGCAUUCAUUGCUUCAGUCACCCGGUUAUUGGAACGUCUACUGGACUACCGUAGUGUUAUGCAGGGUGAAGAGAAUCGUGAUAAGCGAAUGUCCUGCACUGUUAAUCUUUUGAAUUUCUAUAAAAAUGAAAUCAAUCGCAAGGAGAUGUAUCUGAGAUACAUCUAUAAAUUACAUGAUCUACAUUUGCAAGCUGAGAAUUAUACAGAGGCUGGUUUUACUUUGAAACUUUAUGCAGAUAUGUUGAGCUGGGAUCGAGAAUCGACUAGUUUGUCGCCCAACGGUAAUGAUGGUCAGCCGGAAUGGCAACGCAAGGAGAGAUUAUAUCAUGAGAUCCUAAAAUAUUUCGACAAGGGCAAAUGUUGGGAGAAGGGAAUACCCCUAUGCAAGGAAUUGGCUUUGCUGUACGAAACCAAACGUUUCGAUUACAAUAAGCUGAGUGAUAUUCUAAUACAAGAGGCCAAAUUUUUCCAAAAUAUCUUAACCCAACUAAGACCAGAGCCAGAAUAUUUUCGUGUGGGUUUUUAUGGCUUGGGUUUUCCGCUGUUUGUGCGGAACAAACAAUUCGUCUACCGUGGCCUGGAAUAUGAACGUAUCAGUGCUUUUACACAACGUCUACAAACCGAGUUUCCUGCAGCACAAACUUUAAACACAAACAGCCCUCCGGACAACUCCAUCCUGGGCGCCUCAGAACAAUAUAUACAAAUCAGCAAUGUAAGGCCGGUGGCUGAUGCUCAAGCUCUGAAAACUGCCAUGGUUACGGUACCGGAAAAAAUUGCACGCUUCUAUGAAGUGAACGAUGUCAGCCGUUUCAUAUCGGAUCGUCCCAUACACAAGGGUACCGUGGAUAAAGAAAACGAAUUUAAAAGUCUAUGGAUAGAACGUACUACGCUGGACAUAGCUUGUCCGCUGCCAGGGAUUUUACGUUGGUUUGAGGUGAAACACAAAUCGGUGCAGGAAUUGACUCCUGUCGAGUUCGCCUGCGAGACCAUGCAUAAUGUGGGCAAAGAUAUAUGGGAUUUGAUACAACAAUAUCGGCAAGACCCCAAGCGUAACAUUAACCCCUUCUCCAUGCGUUUGCAGGGUGUCAUUGAUGCCAAUGUCAUGGGUGGUAUCAGUAAAUAUCAGGAAGCCUUUUUCACCGAACAAUUUUUGAAAUCGCCCCAUGGCCAAGGACAACAGGCCAAUGUACAGAGGUUGAAAGCUUUAAUUUUAGAAAAGAUACAAAUUUUAGAUCAAGCCCUGGAGCUGCAUGGUCAAUUGGCCCCGCCAGGUGUACAGCCAUUGCAUAAGCGCUUACUCGAAAGAUUCUCCCAACUCAAGCAAAGCCUCUCGGGGCUGGGUCGUUUGAAGCGUCAGGCCUCGGAAAGCAUUGUAAAUACUCCGCUUCCGCCUUUGCCCACAGAGAAACGCUCCAUUAGUUUGGGUAUUCAUAACAGUGGCGCCAACUCCUUAAUGACGGCCAAUGCCAACUACUACGAACAUGAUGAGAUCUACACAAGGCCGGGAGAGACUCUGCGCCCUGUGGAAGCCGCAAAUAGAUUCGCAAACAAUUCCUAUCAGACUUUGAGCAAGGAAAACUUAAGUUUAAGUUCUGUGGGAGGAGCCGGUGAUGCCGACCUAUGCCCUCCACCCAUACCAAAUAGGCCCAGAUCGCAAAACUUUGGUAAUUCCAUAUCCCUGGAUGGACCUGAGGUGCCACCUAAGCGCAAUCAAACACUGCCCUCAUCGCCCGGAGCCCCACCAUUACCCCCCAGGGGCAUUACGCCCGACAAGAGGGCCUCAAAUCCCAUGAUUUUCAAUGACUUCUCCAAUGAAUCUUCCGUCUCAAGCAUGCCUCGUCGACCACAUUCCACUUCCCAUCAGCACAAUCCCAAAUAUGUUGUCGAUAUCAGUUUCGAUGAUCCCGAAGCUGAUCAACAACAGGGUCCCCCCUCGUUGACCCAUUCACUCAACUGUCAUGCCUCGGUGGUGGAUAGCCAUCAUUUGAGUCUUGCAUAUGCUCCCAAUGAUUUUCGAGAUUCGGGCAUAUCUACUGCCAGCGCCCAUGAGUUGAAUCAUUUGAACAAUUUGAGCGAAGAGUCGUCGACAAAUUCAAUGAGUACGGUGCAUCAUCGCGAUCAUUGCCGUUUGUCUUCAAGUGGUAGCAUGGAUAAUGGGCAAUUUAUGUCUGCAUCGGCAAGUAAUGGCAUGAGUGCCAGUCAAAGGGAGAAUUCGGCAAGUUCAUUUGAUGUGGAGGAUCUACCUAUGCCAGCACCACCCAUACCGCCCAAGUCAUUGAACAUUUUGGGGAGCGCCACAAUGCAUGAGUCCUCCUCAUCCACCUCGGUGGAAGGGCCUUCAUCACAAAGCCUCAACAAUACUCUUAAUCAUUCCAGUUCAUUGAGCCAUCACCAUCAUUAUCAUACAACAACACCUCACAUACAACAACAACAACACCAUCAUCAUCAUCAUAGUACACAAAAUGGACACAAUAAUGAUGGUUAUGUCUCACCAAAAACAUCCACCACCACCAACAACACCACGACCGCAAACACACCACCUGUGACCAAUAAAAAUGCCAUUGACGAAUCUCAUCCCGAAGUUGGCAACACUUUUUGAGUUA